AUGGAUCCUUGCCGAGCUGUCGUCCGUUACAUGACGAGCAUCGCCGGCUUGCAGCCGGCUACUCCUUACAGCUACGGCGACUCUCGACCUGCUCUUCGUGUCCUCUAUACUAUCUACUCACACUAUCGCUACUACGAUGGGGGUACCGGAUCCGGGCUCUCGGAUGAUCCUCUAGAUCCCACCUUCUCUGAGGCUGAAAUGGCCACUAGUCCACCGGAAAUCUUACCCAAUAGCUCUGCCUCUGAAGCUCAACAAAGUCCGACGCUUGGCGACCAUCAACAUUUGCGCACAGGUGGAAUCACUGAGUCGAUAUACUCGAAUUAG